AUGGAAGGAAGAGUUUUCUCUGCUCACAAGCAUACUUAUCUUCUUCUUCUCCUUCAUAUUUUCCUGCUUGCUCUGCUUCCAUUCAAGGCCAUUUCAUCACCAAAAACACAGGCAGAAGCUUUGCUAACUUGGAAGAAGAACACCUUUGCUUCUUCACCACCUUCUCUCACUUCAUGGUCCCUCACUAACCUCAACAAUCUUUGCAACUGGACUGCCAUUGUUUGUGACCAGAGCAGCAAAGAAGUUUCCCAAAUUGACCUCUCCAACUUCAACAUCGCUGCAACACUAGCCCAUUUCAACUUCACCCCCAUUUCUCAAUCUCACCCAAUUCAACCUCAAUGGCAACAAGUUCACAGGGCCUGUGCCAUCUGCCAUUGGCAAACUCUCCAAGCUCACAACUUUGGACUUGGGCACAACUUUUUCGAUCAAGAAAUACCUGUGGAGAUAGGCAAGUUAACAGAGCUCAAGUAUCUGAGUUUCUACUUCAGCGGUCUUAGUGGUACUAUUCCCUAUCAGCUCAGCAAUCUCCAAAAGGUACAGUUUUUGAUUCUUGGAGGAAACAACUUAGAAACUCCUCACUGGUCUAAAUUUUCAGGCAUGCCUUCUUUGACAUACCUUGAUUUUUCUCUAAACAGUCUUGAUUCAGAAUUCCCAGAAUUUAUAUCUAAAUGUUUGAACUUGACAUUCCUGGACUUGUCUUACAAUGCUUUCACUGGUGAAUUACCAGAAGUGGUAUUUACUAAUCUGAGCAAGCUUGAAUAUCUCAAUCUAACCAACAAUGACUUCGAAGGACCACUGCCAUCAAACUUUCCCAAGCUUAAACACCUUCAUUUAGCACAAAACAACUUCAGUGGUGCUAUUCCUGAAGCUAUUGGUUUGAUAUCUGGUCUUCAGCGUAUUGACUUGGCUUGGAAUUCCCUUGAAGGGCCAAUUCCAUCCUCCAUAGGCCAACUCAGGGAGCUUAAAUACCUUGAUCUUAGAGAGAAUUCCUUAAACUCUUUAAUCCCUUCUGAGCUUGGUCUUUGUACCAGCCUCACCUACUUGGACCUGACUUCUAAUCACCUUGAAGGGAAAUUCCGCCUUCUAUGGGCCAACUCAGAGAGCUUCAGUACCUUGAUCUUAGUCGCAAUUCCUUAG